AUGCAAUAUCGGUAUUCUCGAGCACGUGCGGAAACGCAUACCGGAAACGACGUUAGAAUUAUUAACGGCUCGAUGAAGGGAGACAGUGAAGUGUCGGUGCAGCCGCCAUUAAAAGGAUGCGGCACGCAUGCCGGAAGAGAUGAUUCUAGCGUGGCACUAUUCUGGCAAGAGUAUCGGCCAGAUCGUCCUCUAAGAAAAACUGCAGUUGGCUAUGCCGUGUCACUCGGCACAGCAGGUAUAGAGAUGACGGUCACUUAUACCGCCGAAGUCGCUACUUGUAGAGGUGUCGGUUGCUUUCUAAAAUUACUCCUAAGAUGGCGGGCAAGCAUAUACAAGCUCGUGUGGUUGGACCUGCUGCUCUUUCUUUCCAUAUAUUACACGCUGUCGUGCAUCUACCGAUUGUUACUAGAUGAUGAACAAAAGAAGACAUUCGAGGCUAUAGUGGCGUACUGCAAGGAGUACAGCGAUCUGAUUCCACUGUCUUUCGUCCUGGGCUUCUACGUCAGUAUUGUUAUGACCAGAUGGUGGAAUCAAUACAUGGUGAUACCGUGGCCAGAUUCAAUCGCGGUCUUCGUGUCGGCCACUAUUCACGGCAACGACGAGAGAGGUCGAUUGAUGCGCCGAACUAUCGUCAGAUACGUGUGCGUUUGUUUAACGCUAGUGUUGGCGAUGGUCUCGCCACGCGUGAAGAAACGAUUCCCCACGUUGGAGCACUUCGUGGAGGCUGGUUUGUUGCUGGAGAACGAGCUGGUCAUAUUCCAAAGUCUGAAUGCAAAGUUUCCUAAACCGAGCAAGCAUUGGUUACCGAUUGUGUGGGCGUCGAGCAUCGUGACAAGAGCGAGGAAGGAGGGCCGGAUUCGCGACGACUUCGCCGUGAAAACGUUGAUAGACGAACUGAACAAGUUUCGCGGCCUAUGCGGCAGCCUCAUGCACUAUGAUACCAUUAGCGUACCUCUGGUUUAUACUCAGGUAGUCACGUUGGCCGUGUACACAUAUUUCCUAACGUGCGUGAUGGGCCGGCAAUGGCUGCAGAAUUCAUCGACGUCGACGAUCGAUUACUACUUCCCGGUUUUCACGACGUUGCAAUUCUUUUUUUACAUGGGCUGGCUGAAGGUAGCUGAGACACUGAUCAACCCAUUUGGCGAGGACGACGAUGACUUUGAAGUCAACUGGAUAAUCGACAGGAAUUUACAGGUGAGCUACCUCAUCGUCGACGAGAUGCACCACGAGCAUCCGGAAUUGAUCCGCGAUCAAUACUGGGAUGAGAUCUUCCCUGCGGAGCUUCCGUACACGGCGGCAGCGCAGGCCUUCCGCGAAGAGCAUCCCCAGCCGUCCACCGCUGGAAUUCAGUUGUCCGCGGCGCAGCAAGAACUCCAACCAUCCUCGGUCAGGAUCGAUGAAAUGGCAGCGGACUAUCAACAGAAGUUCCAUUCUGACGUGGCGGACGACGCCGCGUCUGGUAUACAUUUCACAGCGACCGGGAAAAUGUCAAGGAGCGCUAGUAGAGUGAGCAAUCGGGACCGUACCCUGAGCGGUGGCUCCACUCCAAGCAUCAUCGGGGGUUCCCUAACAAGAGUCAACAGCGUGACAAGCGUGUUGAAACGAUUGUUUAGCAAAGAAGACAGGCCAGAUGGUGGCACGUCAGCUGGUACUAAAACUCCUGGAAGACUCGCGUCUUCCAGUUCGGCUGCUUCGUUGCAAAAUCGAGCCAUUGGCGGAGGCUCGAUGAGGAUUGGAGUGAUCAAGGAAGAGGCGGACGAACAAAUGACGUUAACGUCAAUGAAAUCGGACAAGAAACCUCAUGUACAGAGCAUAUUCUCGACGGGACCACCGCCUCCGAGCGCUCCGGUUGCUGUUCCUGGCAUGGAAUAUUCACGAAAUGGCGAGAUAUUUUCGUGUAGCGCUCCUGUAACCGGUAUUGCGUUGGCAGGGAGUAACGGUGGAAGCGCCAACGACAGGAGAUACGGGCCUGAAUCAAGCGCGCAACGAGCGACGCAGUCAGCGCGAUCGAGCGUCACUUACGAACCAGCAACGAGCUACGUUGGCAGCGUUGUGGAUGACCUUGUAAGCAGCCGUAGUUCGUCAUCGGCCAGCGUCAACUCGGACGACGAAUUCACAAAAUUGAAGACGAAAAGGGAGAAACAAAGGCGUGAUAGGAUUGAACAAAGACUGGCUAGAAGUAUCAGCGGGCACACUAACUUGAUCAGUGGACAUUCGAGAGGUUCUCUAGACAAUGAACAUCUUUUGCUGUCGGAGUUGGCGAAUACCUCGCGUUUGUCCAUGACGCAGAACGACCGUGACGACAAAACAAUCGAAAGUGACCGUCUUUAGCAGAUCUGUCUAUGGGCUUACUUUGAAGUCUAAUUUAAAUUGUGCAAAGUUUCUACAACUGUCGAUCAAUCAAAUGAUCGAAGAAAGUACGUGAAUUUUAAGGUUGAUCCGUACGAUCAAGAUUCAUGACCAUAUUAAUGUAUAUACGGAUUUUUAAUUAGAACGAGUUUAACAUUUGAUGAAACAACGUAUGAGUCAAGUUUAAGUAGUUGUAACAAUUGACGAAAAACGUAAGGUGAGAAAGAGCGAGAAUGUAUAGAGCUAAUCCAAUGUAAAAAUUAUUAAGUCGUUUAGAUAUAUACGUAAAAUAAGUAGAGCCACUUUGAAUUUCCGCUGCAAUUUUACGUAUAUCGUAAACCUGUUUGUAAACUUGGCUAAAGUGAACAAAAUUUCAUCUGCUUCGUGCAAUUUUUAGAAUUUUGUUGUAAGGAGGAAGACGUUUGCCUUCUGAUAAAUAUAACUUGAAGAUUGUGUAAAAGAUCCAAAGGUUACAUACGCAAGUGUGCAAACAUCGAAAGUAUAUUACCAUCGUAUUGCAACAAUGAAUUUGCUACGUAUACCGGUAUACCUCUCACUUCAAAUUCUACGUAACGAAAAAAUGACAAUAAUAAUACGAGGACAUUGUCAUGGAAUAUCGCCUUAAAGUGUAUUGAUAUGUACAUUUUUAUAUAUUUACAUUUAGCGAACGUGCUAUAAGGUAAAUCGUAGUUGUCUAAAGUUAAAAAAAAUUCAUAAUCCAGCAAGUCGAUCCUUCUGUUCAAUUUUUCUCGCUUCGAAGCAUUACGCAGACUAAUUGCUCGCAGAAGUAGUUCCCGAAAACAUUCUGAUCAAACUUUUGUAAUCGGUUUGCGAAUUCUGAUUGUUACGAAGAUAUUGAAAGUGCCUGCCUAUCUUUAUGCAAUCAGGAAUUAGUACUCGACACUUGUUUAUCGUUAAAUAGUAGCUUAAGUUUCCGCUCUUUCGAAUAAUGUGUGAUCAAUGUUGCGCUCAAAAUUAGCAAUACGUUCGAGCAUGUACAUUCCAGGAAUCAAGGAGAUCUAGAAACGACCGCACGUCCACAGGAUAUAUGCCUGAUUUCGUAUUUUUCUUACGUUUGUAAUAUGUAUUAUCGUAAUGUCGCACACACUUUCAACCAAAAUAUAGAUAAUAAAUGUAGAUUCUACUUGUAGACGAUAGGAAAGUAACUUUAGGGGAGAUUUCGAAUCAAAAAAACGACGACGAAUGAAAAAAGAAAAUUUGCCUAGAAGAAUUAACAAAAGAAUGUACAAAUUCUGGGUAUCAAAAUUGCAUACGCGUGUAUAGAAGCUUACAUGUAACAAGCCUAAUUCACGCUCGUUACUGCCUCGUUACUCUCCAAUUCUUUCAUUUUGGAAUCCACAUUCCAGACCGCGAUUAAUUAAAUCCGACGGUGCUCAUACAGCGAAGCGUUUCGUUUAACAGUAUUAACGAGGUAUCGAAGAGGUACUUUCUCGGAUUGUCUUGGGGUUUGGAAGCUUUUUUCUGAAUAAAGAAAAAGUGAAUUGCAAACACG